AUGGGCAGAGGCGAAGCGCGGCCCGGACAAAAAGGGGAAAGGGCAAGCAGGCGAGGGGAUAAAGAGAAAACGCACGUAUUGUCUGGCUGGGGCUUGGCACGGCCUCUUCCGUCUCCGUCUCCGUCUCCGCAUCCGCCCGCCCGCCGCCCGCCAACCUGCCCCACCCCCACGCCUUUAGGCUGUGGCGGGACGGACGACGAAUGGCCGAUCCAGCGCCGAUCUGCCUGCCCCGGGCGGAGCAGUGGGACCGCUGCGGCCAGCCGCAGACGCCCAGCUCUCAUUGGUCGAGAUUGUAUCUUGUCCGCUUGA